AUGGAUUUACCGGCUUCAUAUUACGGGGAACUGGAUCACAGAAACCCAGUUAUUUCAUCCUUCGAACGAGACAUUAACUCGUUCAUGAUGUCGAUGAAACUAGUCUCCUCUCCGGCCUGCCGGGACCAGCGCCCCUACGUGAAAGGGAUUAAAAUCCUGGCGGAGAUUUGGAAAAAGUACAAACAACGACUGCCUUCGAAGUUCUACCUGGAGCGCAUGUUGCAGAUUGCAGAUUUUCUUUUCGGAAAAAAGUUGUACCAGUUUGCUUUUUGGCAAGGAUACAGCCUCCACCUGCUGCAGUUCAGCUCCGUGGCAAUAACGGAGAUCACAGAUGUGGAGCGCUUCAUGGGCUGCUUCUUCCCAGAAGGUUUUGAUACGGACCAAGAUACCUUCGCCAUGAAGAUCCGUGCAAUGCACGGCUGCGCCUUGUGUAUAUUUGAGCAGGAGAAAAGACACAGCGUUCUCAGCCAGAAGGGACUCUGUAAACUUCUGCAUGUGCUGAACUUCAUCAGGAUCAUGAUGCAGGCGUUGCAGCAACACGAGCACCUCUGCUGGCAAUUAUAUAAUGCCUCAUUACUCAUGUACACCGUCUGCCGUUACCUGAUGACCAUGAAUUGUAGUGCACAGGCUCUGGAGUACCUUCUCUGGACAAGCAUCAGUUUAGAGCUGUCCAUCACUCUGAUGACCGCCAAGUAUCUAACAUGGAUUGUCACACUCUACUGUGCUGUCUGCCACUGUUACUAUGACAACCAGGCUGCUGUGCAGGCGGAGGAAUUUGCCAGGAGAGCCCUUGGAAAAAUCAACGAGUUAGCAAAGCUGGAGGAGCAGAAGGAAGUUCCUGCCACCAGAGAGACCCAGAGAGCUUUCAAAGAAGCCUCUAUCAAGCUGGCUGCCAUGAUAUUCAAGCGUGCAGCGUUUGAGGCCCGGAGAAGACCCAAACACAUGUUCAGAAUCAAAAGAAAAAGUGCCUUGAAGGACAUACCCAAUGGUCCGUGGCCUCGCACGACAACAGAGCGCAUGCUCAUGGGCCUGUUUGACAGCGGUCCGGCGCAGUUUUUGGGCAUCUUGGAAGCACUUUGGGACGGCACCAGACGCCCGCUGCAGACGAGGAUGCCAGAUGAACCGGACCUGCAGGAGGUGAUCCUGGAACUCCUGUCUGCUGGCAUUAGUAUAUUGUCCGGAGUCGCAACCAAUAGUGAGUCUCCUGUGAGUCUUGGUGCACUGACACCAGCGUCCACACUAAUGGAUUUAGCUAUGACAGGAGAAAACAAAGUCCCCAUCAUGUCUGCAGUGAGGUUUAUUAAGAUCUUGUUUCAGUACAAGCAGCCAGAGGCGUUCACUGAACUAGCCACAGAGAUGCUGCAGGUUUUGUCUGGGGUGGAGGGUCAGUCAUUCAGGAGAGCAGAGCUGGAGCUUGCUUUACUUGACAGGUUCCACAGCCUGCUGUCUUCCCAGAGGAGCCAUCCUAGUGAAGACAACAUGACGGAUGACAAGUCUUCCUUUUCAAUGGGCGAUGAGUUCAGGGACCUGGUAGAAACCCUGCACAAGUCAGUUUGUGCCUCCGCUCCUGAGGUGCAGCCGGACGGCGACCUCGUUUUGGAUGUUGUGUUAUUUCUGUGGGGUAAAGUGAAGCUGAUGAUCCAGAAGUAUCAGCUACAAAACCAAGAGUUUACACACCACCACGAGAAGGUAGAUACUUAUGACACGUGGCUGAGGUGUCUGUUCAUGCUGUGUGAGGUGGCCGAUGCCCGUGACCUGGCAACUGUCGACUGCAUCAUGACGGUGGAGAUGAUUCACACGUUGGCCAUCCUGCUAGAAAGUGCAGCUGAACGCAGUCAUCUAAGCCCAGGAGCUUGUGAAGCCGCCUGUGAGGGUGUGAAGUCAAGCUCUUCCCCUCUUCUUGAGAGUUCAAAUACAGAGCUGCUUCAGAGGGUGUGUGAGGUGGUGGAUCGGGGUCUUGAAGCUCUGGCAAAGGGUGUAGCUACACUGUUGCCCCAAAAUUGCUCAGCGAUCAUUGAUUCUGCCUUCAUGCAGAGAUUUGAUCGUCUCCCUCCAUCGGCUCCCUCCUUAUUUUCUCCGACAUCAUCAGAGGAGGGAAAUAGAGAAGAAGAAAAAUGUCAGAAGAAGAAAGAAGAAGUGGAAACUAAGACAGAAUCUGAUAUAAGAGCCUCUGGACACACUCAGCCCUCUCAUGUGUUCCUGCGGGCCACAGACCUUCAUCUAAAGCUCGUCAUCAUCCACCACAGGGCUUCCCUCAAGUUACUGCAGCUAAAUGCAGUUUCAGAGUCUGACCUGUUGGACUGGAUCAAGAACAACAAGGUGUCCAAAGCUCUCUUUCUGAUGCAGAAAGCCUCGCAGGCCUUCAACAUGGAGCCAAAGAACCGCAACGAAACCGAGCGUCUUCUAGAGGAGGCCUUCACCUUGACGGAGAAAGCCGGGGUGGAAGAGAGAAAACUUUAUAUCUCCACCACCCCUGAGACUCCGGCUGAAAACCGAGAUAAAGGGAAGAAGGAGAAAGAAGACAACCCACCACCUCCCCCUCUCCUGCUCUCUCGCACUGACCGCUCCUUAAGCUUUUCCCCAGCACCUUAUAACUCGGAGGGACAAGUGUGCUGGUAUCAGCUCUGUGGCCGUGCAGCGGAGGGCAUUAACCUGAAAGUCCGCCUUGGAGACUGCAGCCUGCAAGGAACUGGAACUAUGGUACCAGCAGCGUCUGGUGAGUGCGUGCUGAGAGCGGAGGGGCUGGAGCCCAACCAGAAGUAUGUGUUUGCUGUAGCAGCCUACAACUUCCAGGGCAAUCUCCUGGGCAACGCCAUAGGAGGGUCAACAUUCCCAUUGCUGGCAUCCUUGCCGGUACCACUGCUUUACACGUGGGCUCACUUGGCACAGGUGGCAUUUCAAACAGAGCAGUAUGCUGUAGCAAAGAGAGCCUGCAGAAAACUGUGGAUCCACUAUACCUACACCGACCCUGGGUCCCAGGGCAUGCAGGACAGACUGGCUACCACAGGGCUGCAUGUCCGGACCUUGCACAGCUCCUCUCCUCACCAGUGUCAAUUGUUCCUCACUUCCAUCUUCAUUGAGACGGAGAUCAACAUUCAGCAGCGAUCGCUCUAUUGUGAUUCCCUCAGUGAUAAUGGGCCAUUUGUCUGGGAACAGGAGGCCAGACUGGCAGAGUGUGAGCACAUGCUGGUGGCCGUGGACCUGGCCAAUUGGUUGAACGACGGUAGCGCCGCAGUGCAAGCUGUAGUUAUCUGUUACGGCCUCCUGGCUCCUCUAAUAUUCCAUCAGAUCGCUUGCGUCCCCGUUGUACAGGUGCUACAAAAAUGCUUGAUAGUUUUGGAGGAAAAUUCAAGUAUUCUCAAAGAAAAAUGGAUUGAAAACACCUCAAAGUCCGUCAUGCACAUGAUAGCCUGCAUCACCUACUACCUCUCCAAGGCAUCCCGUGUGCUCAGGCAGCAUCAGAUGGCUUCUGUGGUGAUGGGCUGUGGUAGCCGGCUGCUCCAAGAGCUCUACGAUGCUGAACUGAGGAGCAGUCGAGUUAACAGGAAGGCUGUGGGGUCUAAGAAAGAUCACGCUGCAAUCAAGGCUGAAAUGAAGACAUGUCUUCAGCUGAGAGCUCUGGAUUAUGAGAACAAGAAAGCGAUUGCAUCUGAAGCAGCGCUCAUCGACGACAACGCAAUCACAUACCCGCUGACUGGCUGUGAGGAUGCCUCCGUAUUGUACGAGUUAAUCUCCAACAGCACAUUAAACGACGCCUAUCCGAAAGUGAUGAAGCUCAGACACAAGGUGUAUUUUAUUGAGUUUUCGGCACUGAUUCUCCAGAGAGCCGUGGAAGAAGGCCACCCGGACCUCGUGUUGAAAUGGGGACAAAACAUGUUUGAUUUUUUAUGCAGGCGAGACGACGUGAAGUCCGCAAAAUGCUUGGAGGGAAAUGCUCCGGCUCCAAAAAGACAUGAACCACCACAGGUGAACAAGGGAACCCCUUCCCACGAUGGCACGAGGAAUAAACUCAAGCAGAACAUGCCGCACAGCAUGCUUCAGAGAGUGAAAACCAACAGGGACAUGCAGGCUGUGGAGAACCUGCUCGCCAUGAUGACGUCUGUGGUGCAGCGCCACAAGAAGCAGCUCCAGCUGAGGAGCAUCUGCUGUGGGGAGAGAGUGUGGAAGUCUCAGCUCAACUACAGCGUGGCCCAAGCCCAUUUAGCUCUGCUGUACCAGGGCCUGGACCAGCUGCACGGAGGAGCCCUGCAGCAGAGUUACAGCCAGUUAAAUCCCUCGUUUUUCUCUCUGGCCUACUCUGGCGUUCUGGUGCGGAGGAACCCACCGGGACAGACAUCCACCAAAUGUGAGGUCGUCUCAGAGAGAGGCUCCUCCCACUCCAGUGUUAUGGAAAAUGUUGUUGCACACAAAGAGAAGGAUGAAAAACAGGCGGCCAAAGUGGACGACUCUGUCUCAGAGAAGAGUUGUGAGGAAGGAGCGAUCUCUCAAACGGUGGAACAGCGGAUGGAGACUCAGAGACACGCUGCAGUCUUGCUGCUGGACUCUCUUAACAAAGCUGCUUUACAUCUCCAAAGGGCCAUGGUGUUGGCCCAUCGUGGCGGCCACUGGACGACUCUACAGUGUGUGUGUCAGACUGUGUGGGACCAAAGCUGCAGAAUCACUGUCCUGGUGCAGAGAGCUGCUCAGCAUGGAGCUCCCUCCUCCAUCACGGCAGACCAGCUGCACACCACCUGCACCCCACUGCUGCUGCUGGCCACUGACCUCAUCAUGGACAUGCUGAACACACUUGGGCUGUGGAGUUUGUAUGACAGAGACUUGACUGAGGAGGAGCUUGAGUCCAGUCUCCACUUCUCAGCCCCUCUGGAUAACAGCACCCAGGUGGACCUGCGUUGGGUCCGCACCCUGGUUCUGCACACUCUGGAGCGUCUCCAUGACGAUGGCAGAUGGGAAAGCCUGGCCCACUUUGCCUUAGUUUUUAACUCAUACACACGGGAACGUUAUGCUUUGAUCGUAACUCCUCUACUCGUCAAUGCUCAGAGGAGGCUGCUUGAACGGAUAGAUUCUUUCGGAGGACCUGUAGUCCCUCAACCUCACCACGUCCAGACACACAAGGCCACUGGCAAGGAGGUAACUUACAGGAGCUACGCAGACUCCCAGCUGCUCAUUGGGUGUAGAGCGCAUCCUCCACCGCAGCCGACCGUCCCCAGAAAAGCAGCACACACAAACCCCAAUCCUCGAGACACAGCUGAUCUUAAAGGUGCAGAGAUGCAGCGCUCCAUGUCCCUCGUGUGCGUUCCUCUGGAUGUAGAAGACACGCUGAGCUGUUAUCGUCAAGCUCUUGAGAGAAGACCACGUUGCCUCCAGGUCUUCCAGCACAGUCGCUCAUUACUGCUGCAACUUCUCGCAUUCACAAAGCCCUGCGUCGCGGCACAGUUGAAGCUCCGUCACAGCGGAAGUCUCGGACAUUCUGCGAGACUGGUUGAUUUCAAUCCCUUAAUUAUGCCAACUCCAAGCAUCCAGCCUUGCGACCUGGCCGAGGAGGACUACAGUACUCCAAAUGCUCUCUAUGCCUUCCCUAUCAGCCCCGAACACAUGCCGACUGUCAAUGCUGCAUACUCCAGCUCCAUUAAGUAUCUCCAGGCCAACAAGCACGACUCACUCAGAGUCAUGGCGCUGCAUGACAUGGGAAACCUACAGUUCUACAAUGGAAACACACGGGCCGCACACUCACACUGGAGUAACGCCGUCGAUUGUGCCUUACAGAGCUCAGGUGCUGUAAAUAAAUGGGACGGCGUGUCCUUUGGGGGUGGCUCCCUGCAACAAACCCUGAAAGAGGUCGGCAUUUGGGGAUGUCUCCAGGCUGCCGGGCUCACUGCUAAGAUCGCACGGUAUAUCUUAACGACUGAUAUCAGCGAGCGGACCAACUGCUGUCUCAUGUCUGCGCACCUCUUUAAGUGUGUGCUGUGUUGUUCCCUGGCUCAGCCACAGGCCGACCUCCAUUACGCCGAUCACCGCAUCGGGGAUGAGCUGCUCCCUGGAGUUGACCUUUUCUCUGAACCCCACCGGGUUCCCCUCAGCACCACCGUCACCAGCCUUAACUUCAUCUGCCACUGGCUUUUCAACACAGGCUACUACAUUACGCUUCUGCCCAUACUAGCCCUUUACCUACAUUUUGUGGGCAGUGUGUGCAGAGAUGUCCAACGUACUGUUGAGGGCAAAAUACUUCAGAUCCGUGCCCUGACUGAACUGUGUCUGUUCACUGAAGCUGUAAAGGAGACACUUGAGCUCACACACGGCUCCGGGUUCCUUCUGCCUCAUGGCCGCUACAUUACCAAAGAUCAUCGACAACCUGCGAAGACGUUUCACAGCAACAAGUCUCUCCUGGACAAUUCUGAGGCUUUGGAGGAACUUGUGAACUGUGACUUUGCUCCGGAGGUCCGAUCGAUGUAUGGAUCCACAUUGUGCCUCAGGUUCAACCUUGCUCGUGUUAAACUGGUCCUGGCGCUCAGUAACACCGUACAUGGCUCUCCUGUGGCAGAUACUGUUGAAAGAGAAGCUUGUGCCAGCGUGACAAGUUGUCCAGUGAACUCAAAACCCCAUGAACAGGACCGAUUGGACACUGAGGCCUCCAGUCUAAAGACAGCAGUGCUGACCCUUGGAAUCAAAAAGGAGAAGCUCACACUAGAAACAAUAAAGUUCCUUUUGCUGGAAGGAGCAUCCUCCUUGUUGCACUCUAUUUCCCGUCAGCUCACACCUCAGUCCUGCAGUGAAAUGGAGAACCUGGAACUGUCCAUAGAGUACAAUCUUCUAAAGGCCAAUCUAUACCUGCAGCAAGGACAUGCUGCAAAUAGUUCUGAGAUGGUAAUUUCAGCCUUGGAGCUACUGCAGACAUGUCCUGGGAUCAUGAGAAGAAUCAGACCUAGAUCUCAUAAACCCGAGAUCCCACAUGCCAGGACUGGAAUUGAACAGGUAGGUUCUAAAGGUUGCAGUGUGCCAAACCUCCUGCAUGAAGACUGUCCCAGAGCAGUGGAGGCCAGUGAGAGAAUUGAAGUUUCUCUCUGGCUGCGUUGCCGCCUGGCUCUGGUCCGCAGCUUAGCUGCACAGAUUCCUGGCACUGCUGACCUUCUCCCAGGUAAAAACAUCAAUGAGGAAGCAGCUCGGAUGUUGCAGGAGGGACUUGAUGAAUGUGCACGAUGGGGAGACCUGGAUAGUCAGGCCUUCUUGUUGGUCGAAGCGGCUGAAUUGGAAUCGCAGAGAGGCAAGACUGACGACAGCAUGGCAAUACUACUGCAGGAAGCUGUGACCCUGCUGUCAGGACGGACUUGCAUGCCACCCGGUUCCAGUGUCACUCUGGCUCGGGCCACUUUGCUGCUCAGUGACCUGAGAGAAGGACAGAGCACCACACUUCUAAAACUGACACAGGAACUCCUGAAAAAGCAGCUGUGUGUUUUUGGUGAGAGUGUGGAGUUGGAUGAUGGAAAAGCAUGUUUCGCUCCUUCUGGACCCGACAACGUCUACCUCCCUUACCUCUCCAUACUUGAUCAGACCACUUUGCGAAUUGAUCAAAUCCUCGACCGUGUUGCCAUGCCAAUGCCAGUCUCUGCCCCGUCGUCACAAUCCACUUCCGGGCAGCAUUCACACCAGUCCAGCCAGAUUGAGAGAACAUCUCAAGCACCAGUUCCAUCUCUGAACAACCCAAGUACCACCAGUUCUACGAGCCGCCCAUAAGAUCAGCCGGACAGGCUCACUCAUAAUGUGUUGCAUUUGACAUUUCUCAGUCCUGCGCUUACCGAG